CCCUGUCUGGAUGGGUUUCGGACGCGCCGCUCUGAUUGGUCAAGAAGUCGGGGAGAAGGAAAAUGCUGAGGCAGUAACUGGGAGAAGGAGAGGAUAAAAGACGGAGUGAGAGAGAGAGGCAGAGGAGCUGCGGGAGAGGGACGGAACUCUUCCCGUUCCCGUUGCUGUUCGGGGCCGUGUCGGCGAGACCCCCCCCCCAGCAUGACGGGGUGACCCCCCCACCCCGCCCCGCUUUACCGAGGUCCUGACCCCUGACAGAGCUGGACUCUGCUCGACUCAUCAUGGAGUGGCAUUGAAACCCGGAUCCAGAACUCAGUACAGGGAGUUAAAAACCAUCGGUCGCCCCCCGCCGUGGGGCCGAAGAGCUGCUCGAGGACCGUGUCCUGUCGCGCCAGAGACUUCUUCUGAAUUACCCUUUCACCAAGCUGUGGGUUCCUGUUGUUCAGCGCCAGUGCCUCUUUGUUUGAGUUCCCACGCGGUUGGGGUUGGGGUUCGGAGCCCCUGCCAUGGCGGUGAGCGUGGCCAUGGGCCGCGACACCAAGUGGCUGACCCUGGAGGUGUGCCGCGAGUUCCAGAGGGGCACCUGCUCCCGCUCCGACGCCGAGUGCAAGUUCGCCCACCCCUCCCGCAGCUGCCACGUGGAGAACGGCCGCGUCAUCGCCUGCUUCGACUCGCUCAAGGGACGAUGCACACGUGAGAACUGCAAGUACCUGCACCCCCCGCCUCACCUGAAGACGCAGCUGGAGAUCAACGGCCGCAACAACCUGAUCCAGCAGAAGACUGCGGCGGCCAUGUUGGCUCAACAGAUGCAGUUCAUCCUGCCUGGAGCCCAGCUGCAGCCAAUAACGACGUUCCCGGUGACCCCGUCCCUGGCAGCCAGCCCCAGCAUGGCGUUCAGCCCGUACCUGGGUCACAUGAGCCCGGGGAUGGGGCUUGUGCAGGAGCUCCUCCCCAGCACCCCUGUACUGGUCCCAGGGAGCCCCACCGGCCUCGCCAUGGCAACCAGCAGCCCCUCUCAGAAACACCUGCGCACCGACAAGCUGGAGGUGUGCAGGGAGUUCCAGCGGGGGAACUGCACGCGAGGUGAGAGCGACUGCCGCUACGCCCACCCCCUGGAGGCUGCCAUGGUGGACGGCAGCGAGAACUCGGUCAUCGUCUGCAUGGACUACAUCAAGGGCCGCUGCACCCGCGACAAGUGCAAGUACUUCCACCCCCCGGCCCACCUGCAGGCCCGGAUAAAGGCCACGCAGCACCAGGCCAUGGCCCUGCCCCCGGGAGCCCUGCAGCCGCUGCAGAAGAGGCCCUCCCUGGAGAAGAGCAGUGGUCCCCCGGCCGUCUUCAGCCCCAGCAUGUUCCACUAUCAGCAGGCCCUGGCCAACAUGCAGCUCCAGCAGCCUGCCUUCAUCCCCACAGGCUUGUUGAAAGCCCCAGCCCCGCUGGCAGCUGAGGGCCACUGGGAGAGGCACCCCCACCCCCACCCCCACCCCCGCUACCUCUCAGUGCCUGGACUUACUGGUGAGGGGAAGCCACAGACCCUGUGGAGGUUCUGAGUGCCGACUUGGUGGAGCUCCAGUGUGUCCCUGUGGAACCCCACUUCUGCCCCGUGCCCAAACUCCCGAUGGCCUCAUCUGCUGUGGCCCUGAACCCAGUGAGCCUCUAAAGCACCGAAUGUCAGUCUGACCCCAAAUACGCGAACACACCCUCCCCCAAAGAACACAGCGGUGACCUACAUGCAUAAAAACAACAUAGAACGUGCCUAAUCUGCAGCAAAGCCAACCUACAUGACGUCUACAUCUCUAUCAGCUAAUAGGAUAACGUAUUUCAGAGACAAAACAUAAGUGUAUAAUACACCCAUCACCCCCCACCCUCAACUUACUGACACAGGCAAUACAGAGCUGCAUCCAGGACUGUUAUUAAGAACAAUUUUGAUACAGGAAGGGACAGAGGGGCUUGCUAUUGAUAUUGAUAUUGAAAUAGGUGAUAUGGGGAGAGACAGUGAUCACACACGUGUAUACUUACAUAAACACACACACACACACACAUACACACUUUCCCACUGUGGAAAUCAUGUCCCCGCAGACCUGCUGAUACAGACAGUGAGUCCCCACAGACCUGCUGAUACAGACAGUGAGUCCCUACAGACCAGCUGAUACAGACAGUGAGUUCCUACAGACCUGCUGAAACAGACAGUGAGUCCCCACAGACCGGCUAAAAUAGACAAUGAGUCCCCAGUGUGAAGUGCACAUGCAUAGGGAUCUGUAGCCUCUGCAUGACCCCACAUAAACUAAACCUUCAUCAGGAGUGACAGCGGGGAGGGGAGCUCAAUUCAAAACCGGAAUGAAACUAAAGUCCAGGAAGCCGGGACCUCAAUUAACUGCACCGGAUGAAAAAAAAAAGCAAAAGGAAAAAAGAAAGAUGACAAUUUGUUUUAACAGCAAUGGGUGGAAGUUGGUCAACAGCAUUUGAUUAUUUUUUCUGUUAUUGUGCUAGUUUUAAAGGGAACCUGUGUUUCUAUUUGUUUACAUUUCACAGUGGCCAAAAAUGGGGGCUUUCUGUGAAUCACAACCAGCUUAAUGAAAGAGAAUAAAGUAGGAUAGGUCACCUUCUUAUGUGUAAUCCAGGCCUGUCUGCCUGUCCUCAUGAGUCAGUCGGUUUCUGUUGGUUUCAUAGGUGCCUUUUGGUAUUAGCUAUACACAGAAAUUUGGUCAGAUAUGUGGUGGCACAGGUAUUGCCCUAUUAUCCAAAUCCGACUUAAAUUAAUUGAGCCCUAAGGUGGUGUAAGAAUUUUAUAAAUGUGUGUGAUUUAUAAUAAUGAAAUCACUACUUAUGUUGCAUUAGGAGACUUUGUUGACUCUAACAGCCAAUUUUGGGUAUGCACCAAUCACAGGAAAGCAUGAGAAAUGAGCACAGAAAAUCAUCACGACUGACUCCCCUGUAUUGAAUAUUCCCCUUGAUAUUGGGGAACCCACUCAUUUUGAGGGUGUGCUUUGCUAAGUAAGCAAUGGUCAGUAGCUAUUUUGUGACAGAUCUUGUGUAGGCAGGAUUCCAAAUGUAGGUGGUGAUUCUACUGGAACCUUCUCUAGUGGUGCCCUGGUAAAUGAUGUACACACUAGUCACACAAGCUCAUAACUAUCCAGCUACUAUACCAUACUACACAUGUUUUGCCUAAAAAGUCAGUAGAAUUACUUGGCUAGCUAAGAAUUAAGAAUAUCUACUACUCCUAUAAUUACAUGAACCCCCUUAGAACCAGAGUGUGAAGUUUGUCUGUGGUCAGGUCAACCAAACUGUUGAAACCCUAAAGUCUGCAACUCAUUUUCCAUGAAACGCAAGAGACUGGUGAUCUAAAAACAUUUUAAAACUGUCCAUUAGCAAUAUAUUUAUCUGUGCUAUUGCUUUGACUGCGAUAUGCAGCUGGUGAAUCCAUUCCUUUUAAACAUUUCACUUGUUCCUCCAUUAUAGGAAAUAAAGGGCAUAUAACCAAAACCGUAGCAUUCUCUGGGCCUUGCUAGAUAAUUCUUCAGUAGCAGGAAUUCAGACUAUUCCCGUACUCUUGGCAGAUAGCCAAGCUAUCUCAGUUUAAAAAGGCAGUUUUCUUUACAAAAGCAGUGAGGUGGCUUCAAACCAGGGGUGCAAGAAAUACUGUAAACUUGUGCAACAGUAGGCUUGAAGGCAACUUCAUAAAUCUUCAUAUUAGCAAAGCACAAUUAUUAUCAUCCACUCACACUAGUUUUGCCAAGUGGGAAAAUCAAUAGAGAAGUACUCUUAGGCAGAGGUUGGGCACACUCUCAGGGGUGUGUGUGUGUGUGUGUCUGUGUGUGUGUGUGUGUGUGUGUGUGUGUGUGUGUGUGUGUGUGUGUGUGUGUGUGAAAUGAAAAAUCACCCCAUCCAACCAAAUCCAUUAUCAUGAUUUGCAAGCACCAAUCAGAUUGCACAGAGCCUAUUGAGAAAUUAGUAGUUUUGAGCAUCUGGAAUUGAGACUGCACCAUACCAUAUACCCCUGAGUACUUCACUACUUAUAAUCAGGUUUGGAGCUACACUUCCCAGUGCAAACAAAUAAGCCCAUAUCCCCACAUGCAUUCGCACCAACCGGCCCUUGGAACUCCCCGUCUUCUGAGGGAGACCUAUAAUUCUUCAGUGUUUUUAUCCACAUAGUUCAAAAAUACAUUGUAAUGUCAAACAAAUACGUAUUCCUCAAGAAACAGAUGUAAAGGGUGAGUUGGUUGAAGGCUUGUGGUCAGCCAAGUAGUUGUUUGACGAUACUGAUUUUACUAUCAUAAGAUUUUGGCUCACAGUGUAUGAACUUAACAUUUUCACUGGUCAGGAUACUGUAAAAGGAUGCUGCAUUGUACAACAAGGAUAAAACAAAGUGGCCCUUUUUGUUAAUUCUGUGUUAAUUCUGUUAAUGCUUUGUAUUUUAAGUGCAUUGAAUGGUCCGACAAAGUCAUGUAUAGAAGGGAUUCUUUCUCAUAUAUUCGCAUUGAAAAUAUUUGGCAACAUUCUUCAUUUCUGACAUCAUUAGUCAAACGACAAAUAUCACCAUAGUGCAUUUUGAACCUUUUUCAGACCAAAAUGGAUGUUUGAUGGAUAUACAGUAUACGUGUGUGAAGAAACACAAGGUGACCGCUGCAACAGAGUGUUUGUGUUUAAUUGUUUUCCCAAAAGAUCUCUCAGUAUUUGUGUGGCAAGCAGAUGCAAUGUCUACCCAAGUGAAAACAGCAGUAAGUGAAAUGAAGCACAGAUUGUUAUGCAUGUAACUGCUUUUUUAACAAAUUUGGAGUGAAAAUAAGCCUUAAACAGAUGGAUGCUGGGGAAGAGGGUUCUGUAUUUACAAGCGUAUGUCUGUAUAAUGUAAAGUGCUGUAAAUGGUAAAUGACGGUUGCGUUUGAUGGGUCAUUCUGGAAGGCUUUGUGGGUCAGCGAAGGGCAUGAAAAGCAAGAGGUGGACAUGCACCCCUCCGAGCAAAAAACAAAAAAAUUUUGUUCUUGAUCCAGAGAAUUCAUGUUUUUUAGAUGCAAGCCCUUGUAAACCCUCUGAAUGUGUUUGGGAUUUGUGGCUGAUUUCCUAUCUUGUGACUGAGAAUACAGAAUAGGAUAAGAGCGUUUGGGUGCAGUGGAGUUUGACAGUGGAACACGGCAUUGUGGGAGGAAAUCUGAAGCUGUGGUCUCCUCAUGUAAAGUUGCUCUGGAUUGGAACGCCUGCUGGUUGAGUGUAAUGUAAAUGUAUGUCAUGUUGUGGGAACACUGAGACAUUGUGGAUAUCUAGGACUGCUGAGUUUUUAUGGUUACUUUUUCCACAUACCUCUGACCAGUAAAUGUUCUGACCAAAUGCAAAACUAUACUGUAUCUGACACGGAAAAUCUGACAUUUAAAUUUCAUUCAUUCUUUUUCAAAAGAUUAAUCCUGUUGUGUGUGAUUUAUAAUAAUAAAAUCACUACGUCUGACUUAGGUGGCAUUAGGAGGCUUUGUUGACUCUAACAGCCAAUGAGUGUCUGAUACUUUGGGUAUGCACCAAUCACAGGAAAGCAUGAGAAAUGAGCACAGCAAAUCAUCUCGACUGACUGUUAAUUGAUGUGACCUCACAGGAUAUCACUAUGGGAAUGAGUGUGGGGCUCAUUAGCAAAUUUCUAUAGUCUAGCCAUAACAAAGAGUGGUGAACUGUGGUUUUAAAAGGGCAUGCAAGGACUGUAGAAACAGCUGUGAGUGGCUUUGUCCAGUUACUACUACAGUAGAAUGAGAGGAAAUGGGGGAAUCUGUGCCCCGAAAUCGAGUGUACAGGGUCCAUUUUGGCUCAAGAUAUAACGUUCAGGAGUGGUACACUUAGUUUUGCCCUAGGUCUGGGGGCUGUGAAGGAUGUAUGGUGCCUUGCUUUGAGAGUCUGAGGGAAAUGAUGUUUGUGAGGGUCACUGGGUGCUAUACUGAAUAUCAGGUGGAAAAGAGUCGGAGUGACUGAAGUAUAUGGUUCUUAUUGGUAAAGAUAUUGUUAUACUUUAGUGAACUGGGGGACAAACAGUAACAGCAAAGCUGGAAGUUUAGUGGAGGAAAAAGACUUGAAAUAACGAUUAGAUAUGUUUUUGUAUGAAAGAAUGCAAAUUUGAUAAAUUAACAUUUUUUUUCAUCAGAAUGCCACUCUGCCUGACCAGAGUUGUGUAUGUGUAUUGCAGUACAUUGUUAUCCAACAUAUAUUUGUUUUAUUCUGUUUUAUUGUUGUUGUUUUUUUGUCAAGAUUUGAAAUUGGAGGUUAACUAGUGGAAUGCAAUUAUGGCUUUCUUUCACAAGUUUUUUUUCAUUCUUUGUUUGGAAAAUUAUUUAAAAAGGUUCGACAGAAAACCUGAGAGAGAAAUGGAAGAAGGGGGAGAAGAGGGAGUCUAAGGGGGAGAUGGUCCUGGGUUGCCCACAGGUCUUUUUUUUCUUUCUUCUAGUAAAUUGGUUUACCGGGGCGCAAGUUCUCAAAGCUUUUGCCAAACAAUUUAAAGGAAACUGAGGAUAGCGAUGUUGAAAAAAAUUCUUAAAGGGAGGACCUUACAAAUAUCCGGAUAUGAGCAAGAAUCUGGGCCCGGAUAAGCAGGGUCCAGUGGCCACCAGUCCUGGUAAGAAAGCUUUGAGAAUGUAUCCAAGACCUCUUAAAUCGACCAUUGUUAAUACACUGUACAAACAACAGACAGAAAGUGUAUAUGCAUUGACCUAAUAUCACUAUCAAUGAUUUUGUAUUCCUGUUGCCACUGUUUCACAGAAUGAGUGGUUUUUUCUUGAAAGGACAAUGAAUACUAUUAAGUAAUAAUAAUAACUGAUACAAUAAUUGACACUGAAUUAUGGGGUGAGGUCAAAUGUCAAACUCAGAAACAAUGCUGCUUCAGCUUCAGGCUGUUGGGCUGUGUUUGUUUGGACUGUGUGAUACGAUGUAUAUACCGUAUGUGAUCUUUCUCUUGUGUAAAUCUGUGUAAAGGAAGGUCGGGUAACUCCAGUGCCUCAUGGUUAGGGUACUGGUACUGGAGUGGGUACUGGUAUUGGUACUGGUGUACUGGUACUGGUACUGGAGUGGGGGGAAUCAACUUCUGAUUUCAUUCAAAAUUGAUAUCAGCUGUGAUUGAAAUCAAAAUCGUAAAGGACUGGAAUUACCCAGGUGUAAACACUAACACUCUCUCUCUCUCACUCUCUCUCUCUCUGAAUCUCACUCUCUUCCUCUCUGUCUUAAUGAGAAUCAUGCCUUCUCCAACUGCUGAUAAGCUGGAAAAAAAUACUUGAUUUAAAAAUUGUGCCUCGUCAGUGGGGCCUUAGACAUUUUAAGUACACUUGAAUUUUAAAAAGUGUACUUUCCUUGUACAAGGAACUAAUUAGUUAGCUAGGAUAAUACAAGUGUAAAUAUUACCGUUAAUUUCUUCAUUCUUUAUAGAUUAGUUGUUGUUUUUAUUAUUCCUGUGUCAUUUUAGUUGUGUUAUUGUCUUAAUCAUCUUCGCAGUCAGAGUGAUAUUUCCUAGAAAUAGUGACUGUAAACAUAUUUAGAAAAUCACAUCAGAUUUUUGCUAAUCAGUUCCUCAUUUUCUAUUAUUAAAAAGCAUGAAAAUGAAAUAUUACUCAGUUUGUGUAGUUUGCAGUUCAAGAACAACAAAUUGAAUAUAUAAAUAUAUAUAUACAUUUGUAUGUAACUAUACAAUGAUAGAUUCAUUGUGACUUAUGAUAGUAAGUUGUUGUUGCUAUGGCAACAAAACUACAAUUGUGGCUACCUUUGUAUACCUUAAUUGUGAAUUUUUUCACAUGUAAAUUGAAUCAAUGUACGUUAACUUAUUCAGAAAGAAGAAUGGCUAGGUAGAUCAACUUGGAUAAAGAGAUGUCUGAAUAUUUUGUAAGAAAAAAAAAAACUGGUAAGAAAAUGAAAAAAGUUCACAUCCAAAGGCCCUGUGGGGAGAUCAGUUUUUUACUUUAAGUUAAUGUUUUUUGUUUUCUUAUUCUCUUCUUUUUUCUUUUUAAUGUUUGAAAUGAGCAAAUUGAAUGUUAACAUCUGGGAUUUUAAUGUGUCCAGUGUGGCCUACUUGGGGAGAAAGAGACUUAAAGUAUUUAUAUUUAAUUUCUGCUGUAUUCAAAUCAGUUUUAUGAAAUUUGAGGAGAGCACAGAGAGUUUUUAAAUCAAACUUUUUGUCAAAAGCAUUUUUCUUAGUACUUAAUGAGUAAUUAAAAGUAGCCCUUUAAGACUCCCUCAGAGUCACUUUAUCUGUUGCAAAUUUGGCAAAGCUCCUUCUCUGUUCAUGCGGUGGCCAAUGAUUCCAAAUCUUAGUCAAGAGUAGCUUCUUCUUAUGUUUUGAUUGGUUCUUGGUGUAAGAGUCUCCUCCUUCCCAGAAGGCUCACAGGUGCACAUCAUUCCCAGCUGUGCUGGGAGUCCCCGUCACGCACUGGACCUGAGGCCACUGAGUCCGUGUACCAAUGUCUGCUAUUUGCUUUGUUUGCACUUAUUUACAUAAGUCAAAAUAUGUAUAAAGACAAAAUUAAAAUCAAAUCAAAGGACUGUAUUGUUAAUACAGGCAAAUAAUUAUGAUUUUAAAGGUUUGUAAAAAUAAUUUGAUGCUGUCCUGGGUUUUGAUGUAUUUGCCUUUAAUUUGCCUUUGCCCUUGUACUUUUCUCAAAAGCUUGAUGUGGUCUUGCUGUUAAGACUUUUGAAAAUCUAGUUGGCCAGAGCUUGGCAAGAGAAGCUUUUUCGAUGGCCACUCACACACACACACACACACACACACACACACACACACACACACACACGCACACACACACUUACGCACACAAAUAGCAACUGUAAGAUACUGAAGAUGGCAGAAUAUAAGAGUUUUUCUUGUACCUCUUAGAAUAGAGUUGACAUGAAGUAGUCCUCACCUGUUUUCUGUUUUUUCAUGUACUUACUGGAGAUAGUGCAUUCAGUGUGUGCUACACCCACACACACCACUCUGUAGAUCAAAAAUGAAACUUUGUUCAGGUACAGCUCUGGUGAUCCUGUAGCUUCUUUCAAAAUUUGAGAGAAUGUUUGGUGUAUUUGAAAAGUGCAAACAAAAUUUUAAAUUAUCCAUGAAAUUUAACUAAACAAUAUAAAUGAAACAACAUAAAACAGCAGUAUUUCUUUAAAAACACACACACAAACACAUCUGGAGUAAGCCUCUGUUUGCACAAAUGUUGAUGUACAUUUGAUUGUGGUGGAAGCCAAAAUUUUUGUUGCCAUGGCAGUGAUGGCACUUGUAUCCUAGCAGUGGGGGAGGGGCAGAGUCUCAUUGGGUUGCUAUAUAUUAAUGUAACCCUUGGGCCAAUGUGAUUGGCCCACAGCCUUUCAGAAAUGUAAACAAUAAAUAGAGAUGGAACUCUGACCUGCACAGGUGAACAUAUGUGUCAAUGAUUAUAAUACAUGGGAGAACACAGUAAUUCACGAAAGAAGCUACUGCGAGAUUUGUUUGGACUUUUCAGGAAAGAAGCAAAGUCAUAAAACACCAAUUCCUGUGGUAAUACGCCUGAAUUCACACAGACUGCAUAAUGCUCAUGUCUCCUCUGUGUGCCAUGGUGAGCACUUCUACCACUCCUGCAGUCCUUGGUAUUUACUAUGGAGCGAGAGUGAGUCAGUCUCAACUUCUCCCACUCACUACUGACUGCCGCCCACAUCUUCUACCCAUUCUGGAAAGUGGAUUGGGCCUCUCGUUACAUAAAAUCAGUGGAUUUGCCGAGACUGACGUCAACGAUCACCGUGAAACAACUGUUCAGAAAAGUACUUUAUAAACUCGCUUCCGUGUCCAAGUGUGGCAACUGGCAAGGACCUUCUCCAGAGACCCGGGUGUGUGUGCUGGGCUCCAGGGAUUUCCAUGUGAAAUGUGCAGGGAGAAGUGUUUUUAUGGAUGAAGUGCCUCGGUCAGGUGUGCCUGUCCCAGAGUUCACCUCUUGUUGGGAACGGGAAAGGAUAAUGUCCAACAUUUCCUCUAAGCCAUAUCUACUGGGCUCCCCUCUCCUCCACUACAAGGCAUCAGUUAGCGAAAUGCUUUCAGUUUUGCUUUCCUUUUUGUGUUUUGGUAUGUAAGAAAAGUCCUUUACUCUCUAUUCAAUUAAUAGUGCAUGCAUGUGCUUCUGAACUGUGCUUUUCGUUAUAUAUACACACGGAGACACACAACACAUACACAUGUAUGUAUGUGCAUUUGCCUGUGUGUGCUAUAUAUAUGGUUAUUAUUUUGUUUGACCUUUUAAUAAAGCACUUACAUAGAUAAUACUGUCUUGUUAUUGUUUGAGUGCGCCGGUUGGCUUGUUGCAGUCAGUGAACACCAUUUCUCAGAAAGGGAAGGAUGUGUCAUCAUUUAAGCAAUAACUGGCUGAAUGUGUUUCAAGAACUUUAUUCCUCUUUUUCCAUGUUUGGCUGUUCAUUCUUGUUAAUAAGUUAUGGAUAAGAUUUAUUUUAUGGUUUUGUACAAGAUUUAAGCAUAUCUAUGACAGGUCUUUAUUUACAAACAAGGCAAAUAUUAAACAUUUCAGAAGCCUCUACUCUAAGUACAAGCCAUAAUGCAGUGAUUGAGACAACAAAAAAAAAAACUUUUUUUCUUUUUUUUUAAAUAAGUAUGGUCCAUAGUGCUGUAUAAUCGGUAUGUGUAAUUAAAACAUUAAAUAAACACUCGGUCUCAUAUAA